AUAGUCUGCUCCCAUUUUUCCUGGUUUGUCAGUGGUGUUGAUGUGUGGGACAAAAGCCAGGAUGAAGCUUGUGUUUCUGGUAACAUUUAUUGUGCUGGUGCUUUGCUACCUGGACAAAGUGGAGUCAUCUGCCUAUGACAAGAUUUUGUUUCACAGCCGCAUCAGGGCCAAAAAACAGGGGCCCAAUGUGUGUGCCCUCCAGCAGGUAGCUGGGACCAAAAAGACAUAUUUCAGCACAUGCAGGAACUGGUACCAAAAAACCAUCUGCAAAAGGCCAACGGAUGUAUUAUAUGAAUGCUGUCCUGGUUAUAUGAAGUUGGAGGGGAUGCGUGGUUGCCCUGCAGCUGUCCCAAUUGACACCGUCUAUGGCACGCUGCGUGUGCUGAAACUGGAUGUCACGCAGCGUUAUUCUGACCUGUCCAAUAUCAGAGAGGAAAUUGAUGGAUCUGGUGCCUAUACCUUGUUUGCUCCUAGCGAUGAUGCCUGGAAACAAUUAGAUGUUACUGCUAGAAAUGCCCUUGAGAUCAAUGCACGGACAGAGCUGUACAACACUUUGCGCUACCAUAUUGUCAGCAAACGUUUCCUUACCAAAGACCUGAAGAAUGACAUGACCCUGAAGUCCAUGUACAACCAGCAGGGACUGCAUAUCAACCACUAUUCUAAUGGAGUUGUGACAGUUAACUGUGCCAGGAUCAUUCAUGCCAACCAGGUGUCCACAAAUGGGGUUGUACAUGUAAUUGACCGUGUCAUCAGUGCAGUGGGAAACAGCAUCAAGGACGUGAUUGAAAGCAAUGAGGAGCUCACCUUAUUGAGUGAGACUGCUAAUAUGGAACCAAGCUUAUUAGAAAGACUCAGCAAGCCUGGACACUAUACGCUCUUUGCUCCAACCAACAAGGCUUUUGAACAAAUGGAGAACGGCGUUCUACAACGGAUCCUGAGUGAUAAUACUGUGCUCCAAGCCUUUUUAAAGUAUCACCUUCUGAGUUCAGUCCAGUGCUCAGAAGCCAUCAUGGCUGGUACUGUAUAUGAGACACUGGAGGGCAGUGCAAUUGAGAUUGGCUGCGAUGGCAACAGCCUCACCAUCAAUGGCAUUAAAAUGGUACUGAAGAAGGACAUCAUCACCAGCAAUGGAGUUAUUCAUCUUAUUGAUCAAGUGCUCAUACCUGACUCAGCUAAGCAGGUGACUGAACUGGUUGGUGAUUCCCAGCGAAUGUUUGGUGACAUGGUGUCUGAGAUGGGCUUUUCUGCAGCUAUGAAGCCUGAGACUGAGUACACACUCCUCGCCCCUCUGAACAGUGUCUUUACCAAUGAAAUAAUGACUUUGGACCAAAAACUGCUUAAGAUUAUUCUUGAAAACCACAUUCUGAAGGUCAGGAUUACCCUGAAUGACCUUUAUAAUGGUCAGCUGUUGGAGACCCUUGGAGGAAAGCUGCUUAGAGUCUUUAUUUACCGCACGGCUGUGUGUAUUGAGAAUGCCUGCAUGCUCCGUGGCAGUAAAGAGGGAAGCAACGGUGCUCUUCAUUUAAUGCGGUCAUUAAUCCGAUUGCCAGAGAAGACCAUGUUUGAGUUGCUGAAGGCUGAUGGCCGUUUCACAAUAUUCCUGAAGUUGAUGGAGAAAGCCGAACUGACCGAGAUGCUAAAGCAAGAUGGAACAUACACAAUUUUUGCUCCAACUGAUGAUGCCUUCAAGGAUAUUACAGAGGAUGACAUGAAACUUCUCACCAGUGAUGUGAACAUUUUGAGGACAAUCCUGCUCUACCAUUUCAGCAAUAGCAUCUUCAUUAAUGGAGGAAUUGAAGGUGGAGUGACCAACCUGCUCAAGACCAUUCAGGGCAACAAUCUGCAAGUGCUUUCUGUCAAUAACUCCAUUAAUGUGAACUCAGUUAAUGUGAAUUCUAAUGACCUCAUGGCCUCCAAUGGAGUGAUUCAUAUUGUGAAGAACUUGCUUUAUCCUGCAGAUCUACCAGUAGGCCGUGAGGAUCUGCUUUAUGUGCUGAGGAAGCUUAUACAGUACAUCAAGAUAAAGUUUGUUAAUGGAUACACCUACAAGGAGAUUCCCAUCACCUUCAUUAAGAGAUUGAUCACCACUCAUGUUAUUGAAACAGGCCCUAAAAUCCAGGUUAUUGACACUAAGCCUGUUAUUAACCAAAUCACCCAAGUAAUUGAAUCUGGCCCACAAGUGGAAACAGUGGUUGUGGAGGGAGAUCAUGUGAUCACUGAAUAUAAGCUCACUAAGAUGACUGAGCCUGUGGUGAAAGAAGUGUUAAUCGAAGGAAAGCCAAAGGUCACCACAGUUAGGAGAGUCAUUGAAGGGAAGCCAUCAGUUACAAAAGUUACACGGAUCAUUGGAACUGGUGGGGAAAUUGAUGCUGAAGGAGACAUUCAGAAGCUCCUUAGUGAAGGUGGUGGAGAAAUCACCACUGUUACCAAGGUGAUUAGGCCUGAUCCUCAUAUUAUUGAAGGACCAGACUUCUCAAGGAUCACAUCUUUCAAGCACAGCCCAGAGCUCAUUGAGGAGGAAUCAGGGAGAAUCACCAAAAUUAUCCAACAGGGUGGUUCUCAGAAAAGAGCAGCUUUCCGAAGAUCGCCAGGAAUGAAGAGACGAGCAAGGCCUGCUAGACAUCCAUCCAACCCCAAAAAGAAAGCCUAAAAAGACACCAGGAGUUGUUUCUUUAGGCUCUGUUAGAUUUCUUUUAUACUGACUGGCUUCAUUAAACAUUACGUUGAAAUAAAAUGGGCUUAAACUGGUAUCAGGGUAACUUGUGAGCACAUGUAGCUCCAUCCAAAAAUUUCCUUUAUAUGUGAGAAGUACUAGUGUUUACAGUUCACCUGCUGAAACCGGAUGUGCUAAUAACCUUGAUUUUACACAGUUCAUGCCUCCCAUAUGAAGCUUAUCUGCAUAUCAUUGAAAUGGUGCUUUUAAGAUCUAGAGGAAUUUUAAAACUAUCUUUAUAUAUACGAGAGUAUGUAUGGAGUGGUCAUGUAAGACAUGAUGUCUCACCUGUGCAUGUUUGCUACUUUGUGGUGCUGCAUUCACUCCUAUGAAUGUAGGUUUUACAUUUAAAAAAAUAGCAAAGAGCUGCCUAGUUUAAUGUCUCAUGCAUUUUAUUAUAAGUAUAUGCUGUCUACAUCAUUGUACAUUUAUGUGACUUGUGACUCAAUUCACUCGUUUGCUUUUUCAUAUGUUGCCUUGCCUGAAUAGUGUGUGUCAUUUAUGUGCACUCUUUAUUUUUAGUAGCAUUCUUCCCUUCAUUCCAUGGGAAUCCUACUCUAUCCAAAAUACCCAUUACCCUGUUUGAAAAAUUGCUUAAUAAAAUUGAAUCUAAAAUUUAAAA